AUGAAUAGUGCAAAAGCUGAAAAACGUCUGGCGAUUCUUUAUUCUGCAGCUGCAUUACUCUCAGUGAUAUCAUUUAUUUGCAUUAUAACUACCUGGCAAUACUGGGCUUGGACCUUGGACAGUUGUUUUGAGACUGACUGUAAUUGUAUUUUUUAUGGUGUUAAUGCAUUUAGCAAACUAAGAGGUGGAGACGCUAAAAUUUGUCACUUUGCGACUUAUGCCGUCAUUCCAUCUGUUUUAUUUAGUAUUGGAUUCGGUCUUUAUCACGGCUAUCGAACUUGUAUCAAUAAAAAAUUAAGUGAACCUAAAAUCAUAGCCAGAAGAUCAGUUAAUUUCAGCAGUGAUGAAGUAGACGGAAAUGUCGUAGUCGUAACUCCGAAGAGCCGAUCCCCGUGUAAACAUUGGACGCCAACAACUUUCUUAGCAGCAUUAAUCACAUGUCUGUCUCUUGCUCACUCUAUCGUUGUCACCGAUGGUUAUUACAAAACCUGUGAACAAUAUAAAAAAAGAAUAAUUCACGUUUUGGGAUCAUCAGGACGCGAAGCUGUGGCGGUCCACAAUCGUUUGAGCUGUAGCGCAAUAUUCGAUUACAUGGAUUACAUUGAGCCUGAUUCGAACAAUUGGAGGCGAGGUGAUGAAAUGAAUACCGGAUUAGCUUUACUCUUUGCUCUUAUUUCUAUUUGGUCAAAUUUUAUCAUCUGGAUAAUUAUUUUCAUAAUUAAUUUUGUCAUGGCAAGACAGAGGCACAGAAAUUCUGGUGAAAAAUCUUGUUGCUCUUAA